GUUGGAUGUCAAACAACAACCUACCAGCUAUUUUUAUUCGAUAGUAACUUAUGUCCACUUAACUACGCCAUAUUAAACCCCUCUUUCCUCUUUCCACAUCUAGGAAUACCAGAAAAGUCCAGAUCAAUGUCUUCCGCGCACUCCGAUCUUUGCUCUGCUCCCGAAUCUGAAUACUGUCAAUCAACGCUAGAUAUUGGCAUGGCAACACCAACACAUACAAUGUCGAGUACCGAUCGAGUAGAGCAUUCCUGCUCAUGUCUAAUACAUAAGAUAGAGACAAAAGAUACACCACCAUUCCCUGACCAGACAUUCGCCAUCCGGGAGCGAAAUACUGGCCGAUACAUUACUCUCAUCGAAGGAAAACUUCGCGUGCGAGAGAAUGUUGGCGACCAGGGUGGAUGGCACUGGAUAUGCGUCGAAUCCCAAGGCUGGCUGGGAUUCCGGAGCCCGGUGUCUGGGACAUAUUUGGGACACGAUGGAAAUGAAAGUAUUUGGGCGGAAUACAAGCAUCACGACGGACAAGAGUUCUUCUGUGCUAGAAAGCACCCUCAGGGCGGUUACGUAUUACUCACGAGCCAUGAGGAUGUGCUCCGGAAGAUCACCGUGAGCAAUGAUUUUAAGCUAAUCGAGACUACCGGGGAUGGUACGUUAUGGGACUUCGUGAAAGUCUCGGCUUAGAUAAGUCAUGGAACCAAACCCUGGCUGAAUAUGGGUUAUGGUUAUACCGUUCGUUUGGUUUUUAAAUCAACGGCGGUCCGGGUUGAGGUCUCCUCGCUAAAAAAUGAGACUCGGUCAUAUACAUGCGUAUGCUAGGGAGCAUCACCUAUUAGCUUGAAACUUCUAGGAAACUAUCGUUAGAUGCCUUUGUGCCUAGUUAGGUAUAUUCCGGCUUAUGCCCCUUAAAAUAUAAUGACUGUAUCUUUGUUUA